GACGUGCUGGAAAGCCUGGCGCGGCGAUCACUUAUUUUACAAAGGAUGAUGCGCCAUAUCUCAAGAGUAUCGUUAACGUAAUAAAAGAAUCGGGUUGCGAAGUGCCUGACUGGAUGUUACAAUUGAAGUUCGUGAACAGAUGA